AUGACACAUUAUAUUGGCCAAUGGACCAGUUAUAAUCAAGCACUUACUUUUCUCGUUCGAGACCCUAAACAUCGGGCCCGGGCAAAAGACAUCGCGAUGUCGGAUGGUCGUCUCUUUAUAAAUCGGCGAGAGAGUGGUCGGCGCUUAACUCGAGAAGAGAUCAAAGAAAAGGAGGAUGCUAUUCUAAAAGAAAUUAUUCUUUCAACUGUGGAUUUGCGGUAG